AUGUCAUGUUGUGUCUGCAUCCUGCACUCCAGCGGUGUCUACUGCAGUCCCGAGCUCCUUUCUCAAGCUGCGUAUGGUGUCUCCGCCAUGUUUCACUCCCUCCAGACGUGCUCGGCGGACUUCAUUCCUUCCGUCGCCGUUCUACGUGCCAACCCGAUAGAGGGGGUGCGGUACGCGUACACGUCAUGCGUCAACGAAGUUCCACACGAUGCGGAAGCUAAGGAUGAAGACAAUGGAGCAGCAGAGCAACUGAAGAAUGAUGCUCUGCGAAAGACUGGACUCACUGCGCGCUUUAGUGGUCGCUCGGUUCUUUGCUUGCAGCAGGCCAUUCUGCGCUGUGGAGACGCAGUAGAUAGCACCAAAAAAGAGAGAAGUGAAAAUGUGGAUGUGUGGCGUUGCCUCACUGGCGCGUUGUUGACUGCGUGCUGUUUCCUCCGUGCACGUGUCGUAGAGAAUGCACCAAGCGAAGCUGCUUCCAUUGGUUUCUCCACUGCCCCUUCGGCGAGGGGAUACUUGAUGGUAUUUAGUGAUGUGCAUGACGCCCCUGCGUUGUCAUUUGCUUCGGAGUGCUCCUUUUCCGCAGCUGCAUUACUGUUGACAAGACUGCAUGCCACCGUACACGCGUUUGGUCCUGCGACACUCUGUAGCGUUGUGGGAAGUCGACUUCAGGCCCUGACGCGCUCUACUGGAGGCUUAUGUGCUUCUCAUUUUGCCCUUUCUCACGUGGGUUACAUGCUGGACGGGGAUGUAGCCGAGAGACUGCCGCAAGAUGAAAAUGUUACAGAUCGUCAGGCGCAAGAACGCCUGGUGGAGCGGUAUGUAGUGCGGCCUGUCAAUUUGCCACAGGGGCCGAGCUCCAUGUUUAACGCUGACGAAUCCAACACCAGCUAUUUGGCAUGGCUUUGUCCCUCUUGCAUGACGGUGAUGGUGCGGCACCCGUGGGAGGACGAGGCGGUGAAGAACUGUCCGUACUGCUCUCUCGCUGACGGCACCGACGGAGAGAGCUAA